AUGGUGGCCACCAAGAUGGUCUCCUGGUGGCCCCCACCAUCUCCACGCCCAGCUGACGUCCCCACCAGGUUCUCCACCGGUCCCACCCCACCACCCCCUCCAUCCCAUCUCCACAGGGUUCCCGGUGACAUCGACGAGGUCAACGCCCUCAAGCUCCAGGUGGACCAGUGGAAGAUCCCCACCGGCCUGGAGGACCCGCACGUUCCCGCGUCGCUGCUGAAGCUGUGGUACCGCGAGCUGGAGGAGCCGCUGAUCCCGCACGAGUUCUACGAGCGCUGCAUCUCCCACUACGAGAGCCCCGAGGCCGCCGUGGCCGUGGUGCAGGCGCUGCCCCGCAUCAACAGGAUGGUGCUCUGCUACCUCAUCCGCUUCCUCCAGGUGCCCACGGGGACCUUCUGCUGGGGCGGGACCUGA